AUGGAUAUUCGAUUUCCAUACUCGCCGGCGGAGGUCUCCAAAGUCCGUUUUGUUCAGUUCGGCAUCAUCAGCCCCGAUGAAAUUAGGCAAAUGUCGGUGGUGCAUAUCGAGCACAGUGAGACGAUGGAGAGAGGGAAGCCAAAGAUUGGCGGCCUUAGCGAUCCUCGUCUGGGUACCAUUGAUCGGAAGAUGAAGUGCGAGACCUGUAUGGCCAGUAUGGCAGAGUGUCCUGGACACUUUGGGCACCUUGAGCUUGCCAAACCCAUGUUCCAUAUUGGGUUUAUAAAAACAGUACUCAGUAUUAUGCGGUGUGUUUGCUUCAAUUGCUCCAAGAUUCUUGCCGAUGAGGAGGAUCACAAAUUUAAACAGGCUCAGAAAAUCAGAAAUCCCAAAAACAGGCUUAAAAAGAUUUUAGAUAGCUGCAAGAGCAAAACCAAAUGCGAAGGUGGUGAUGAAAUUGAGUCCCAAGGUCAAGACACUGAUGAACCAGUUAAGAAGAGUAGAGGGGGUUGUGGUGCUCAGCAGCCAAAGCUUACUAUUGAAGGUAUGAAAAUGAUUGCUGAAUACAAGAUUCAGAAAAAGAAAAGUGACGACCCUGAACAGCUUCCCGAACCUGUUGAAAGGAAACAACAGCUUUCUGCUGAAAGGGUUCUUAAUGUCCUCAAGCGAAUAAGUGAUGAAGACUGCAUUUUGUUGGGUUUGAAUCCUAAGUUUGCCCGUCCAGAUUGGAUGAUUUUGCAAGUCCUCCCAAUACCUCCCCCUCCUGUAAGACCUUCGGUGAUGAUGGAUACAUCCGCACGGAGUGAGGAUGAUUUGACCCAUCAGUUGGCCAUGAUCAUAAGGCAUAAUGAGAAUCUGAGGAGACAGGAGAGAAAUGGGGCUCCUGCACAUAUAAUAUCUGAAUUUGCACAAUUGUUGCAGUUCCAUGUAGCUACAUAUUUUGACAAUGAGCUUCCGGGUCAGCCAAGGGCUACACAGAGGUCAGGCCGCCCUAUUAAAUCAAUCUGCAGUAGGCUUAAAGCUAAGGAGGGUCGGAUUAGGGGUAACUUGAUGGGUAAGCGGGUCGAUUUUUCAGCACGGACAGUCAUCACCCCAGAUCCAACCAUUAACAUUGAUGAAUUGGGAGUUCCAUGGAGUAUUGCUUUGAAUUUGACGUAUCCAGAAACUGUCACUCCGUAUAAUAUUGAAAGGCUAAAGGAGCUUGUUGAAAAUGGCCCUCAUCCUCCCCCUGGGAAAACUGGAGCCAGGUACAUCAUUAGAGAAGAUGGUCAGAGGCUUGAUCUUCGUUAUUUGAAGAAAAGUAGUGACUGUCAUCUGGAGCUCGGAUACAAGGUGGAGCGACACUUAAAUGAUGGAGACUUUGUUCUCUUUAACCGUCAACCCAGUCUUCAUAAGAUGUCUAUCAUGGGGCAUAAAAUCAAGAUCAUGCCAUACUCAACCUUUCGCUUAAAUUUGUCCGUCACUUCCCCGUACAAUGCGGAUUUUGAUGGAGAUGAAAUGAACAUGCAUGUACCUCAGUCUUUUGAAACCAGAGCAGAAGUUCUGGAGUUGAUGAUGGUACCUAAAUGCAUCGUGUCUCCUCAAUCAAAUAGACCAGUCAUGGGUAUUGUGCAAGAUACCCUUUUAGGUUGCCGUAAGAUCACUAAGAGAGACACCUUCAUUGAGAAGGAUGUUUUCAUGAACAUUUUGAUGUGGUGGGAGGAUUUUGAUGGGAAAAUACCUGCACCUGCAAUCUUGAAGCCUAGACCCCUUUGGACAGGGAAACAAGUUUUUAAUCUCAUCAUUCCCAAGCAGAUAAAUCUAUUGAGGACGUCAGCUUGGCAUGCAGAAACCGAAACUGGACAUAUUACUCCGGGAGACACUCAUGUUCGAAUAGAAAGGGGGGAAGUUCUUUCUGGCACUCUUUGCAAGAAAACCCUUGGCACUUCUACAGGAAGUCUAAUUCAUGUUAUCUGGGAGGAGGUUGGCCCUGACGCUGCUCGCAAGUUCUUGGGACAUACCCAAUGGCUUGUGAACUAUUGGCUUUUGCAGAAUGGUUUUAGUAUCGGUAUUGGAGACACAAUUGCAGAUGCAUCAACUAUGGAAAAAAUUAACGAAACUAUUUCUAAGGCAAAAAACGAGGUGAAAGAACUUAUUAGGGCUGCACAAGAUAAGCAGUUAGAGGCGGAGCCUGGACGAACUAUGAUGGAAUCAUUUGAGAACAGAGUGAAUCAGGUGUUGAACAAAGCUCGUGAUGAUGCUGGAAGUAGUGCCCAGAAAAGCUUAUCGGAGAGUAACAAUCUCAAGGCCAUGGUUACAGCAGGGUCUAAAGGAAGUUUCAUUAAUAUAUCACAGAUGACUGCUUGUGUGGGACAGCAAAAUGUUGAGGGUAAGCGAAUCCCUUAUGGCUUCAUAGAUCGGACUCUUCCCCAUUUCACCAAGGAUGACUAUGGACCUGAGAGUCGUGGUUUNAUUUGUGUUCACAUGUUCAGGGAGGAGGUUGGCCCUGACGCUGCUCGCAAGUUCUUGGGACAUACCCAAUGGCUUGUGAACUAUUGGCUUUUGCAGAAUGGUUUUAGUAUCGGUAUUGGAGACACAAUUGCAGAUGCAUCAACUAUGGAAAAAAUUAACGAAACUAUUUCUAAGGCAAAAAACGAGGUGAAAGAACUUAUUAGGGCUGCACAAGAUAAGCAGUUAGAGGCGGAGCCUGGACGAACUAUGAUGGAAUCAUUUGAGAACAGAGUGAAUCAGGUGUUGAACAAAGCUCGUGAUGAUGCUGGAAGUAGUGCCCAGAAAAGCUUAUCGGAGAGUAACAAUCUCAAGGCCAUGGUUACAGCAGGGUCUAAAGGAAGUUUCAUUAAUAUAUCACAGAUGACUGCUUGUGUGGGACAGCAAAAUGUUGAGGGUAAGCGAAUCCCUUAUGGCUUCAUAGAUCGGACUCUUCCCCAUUUCACCAAGGAUGACUAUGGACCUGAGAGUCGUGGUUUUGUGGAGAACUCUUAUCUUCGAGGGUUGACUCCUCAAGAGUUCUUUUUCCAUGCCAUGGGUGGUAGAGAAGGUUUGAUUGAUACUGCAGUCAAAACUUCUGAGACUGGUUAUAUCCAGAGGCGAUUAGUGAAAGCUAUGGAAGAUAUUAUGGUUAAGUAUGAUGGUACAGUCAGGAACUCCCUGGGAGAUGUCAUUCAGUUUCUUUAUGGGGAAGAUGGUAUGGAUGCUGUCUGGAUUGAGUCACAGAGGGUUGAAUCCCUUAAAUUGAAGAAGUCUGAGUUCGACAGGACGUUCAGAUAUGAGAUCGAUGAUGAUGACUGGAACCCUAAUUACAUGUUGCCAGAGCACGUUGAGGAUCUUAAAACUAUUCGUGAGUUUCGCAAUGUAUUUGAUGCCGAAGUUCAGAAACUCGAAGUCGACCGAUUGCAGCUGGGGACUGAGAUUGCAACCACUGGUGAUAACAAUUGGCCGAUGCCUGUUAAUCUCAAGAGGCUUAUUUGGAAUGCACAGAAUACAUUUAAGGUUGACUGUAGGAGACCUUCCGAUAUGCAUCCUAUGGAGAUUGUGGAAGCCAUUGAUAAACUUCAGGAGAGGCUGAAGGUUGUCCCUGGUGACGAUUUGAUGAGCAUGGAAGCUCAGAAAAAUGCCACUCUCUUCUUCAACAUUCUUCUACGUAGUACAUUUGCAAGUAAGAGGGUGUUGAAAGAAUACAGUUUAACUCGGGAGGCAUUUGAGUGGGUAAUUGGUGAGAUAGAAUCACGUUUUCUACAGUCCCUUGUAGCGCCCGGAGAAAUGAUUGGUUGUGUUGCUGCUCAGUCCAUUGGUGAGCCUGCCACCCAGAUGACUUUGAACACCUUCCACUAUGCAGGUGUGAGUGCCAAGAAUGUCACUCUUGGUGUACCUAGGUUGAGGGAAAUUAUAAAUGUGGCCAAAAAAAUUAAAACCCCUUCUCUCUCUGUCUACUUGAAGCCCGAAGUAAGCAAAACCAAAGAAAGGGCCAAGAAUGUUCAAUGUGCUUUGGAAUACACUACACUACGCAGUGUAACGCAAGCUACCGAAGUAUGGUAUGAUCCAGAUCCCAUGAGUACCAUUAUAGAAGAGGAUGUUGACUUUGUCAAGUCUUAUUAUGAAAUGCCUGAUGAAGAAAUUGACCCUGAUAAAAUUUCUCCCUGGCUACUUCGUAUAGAACUAAAUCGAGAGAUGAUGGUGGAUAAAAAAUUGAGCAUGGCUGACAUUGCUGAGAAGAUCAAUCUAGAGUUUGAUGAUGAUUUAACUUGUAUAUUUAAUGACGAUAAUGCUGAAAAAUUGAUUCUUCGUAUCCGAAUCAUGAAUGAUGAGGCUCCUAAGGGGGAGUUGCAGGAUGAAUCUGCAGAAGAUGAUGUCUUCCUUAAGAAGAUUGAAAGUAAUAUGCUGACAGAAAUGGCCCUUCGAGGCAUCCCAGAUAUUAACAAGGUGUUCAUUAAAUCUGGUAAACUCAACAGAUUUGAUGAAAAUGAAGGAUUCAAGCCAGAGGUUGAGUGGAUGCUUGAUACCGAGGGCGUGAAUCUUUUGGCAGUUAUGUGUCAUGAAGAUGUUGAUGCUAAGAGAACGACAAGCAAUCACUUGAUUGAAGUGAUUGAAGUUCUUGGAAUUGAGGCAGUUCGUAGGUCCUUAUUGGAUGAGCUGCGAGUGGUUAUAUCUUUUGAUGGAUCAUAUGUAAAUUACAGGCACCUGGCUAUUUUGUGUGACACUAUGACUUACCGUGGUCACUUGAUGGCUAUCACUCGUCAUGGUAUUAACAGGAACGACACAGGACCAAUGAUGAGAUGCUCAUUUGAGGAGACGGUUGACAUUCUUCUUGAUGCUGCUGUAUAUGCCGAGACAGAUCACCUUCGGGGUGUUACUGAGAAUAUUAUGUUGGGUCAACUUGCCCCUAUCGGUACAGGUGACUGUGCCUUGUAUCUAAAUGAGCAGAUGCUGCAGCAAGCAAUUGAUAUUCAGCUUCCUAGUUACAUGGAAGGCCUGGACUUUGGCAUGACGCCUGCCCGUUCACCUAUCUCUGGUACCCCUUAUCAUGAUGGCAUGAUGUCCCCUAAUUACUUGCUCAGUCCAAAUCUUCGAUUAUCACCCAUCUCCGAUGCACAAUUUUCUCCUUAUGUUGGUGGUAUGGGCUUCUCUCCCACAUCCUCACCAGGAUACAGCCCUUCUUCUCCGGGAUACAGUCCCUCAUCACCUGGUUACAGCCCAACCUCUCCUGGUUAUAGCCCGACCUCUCCUGGAUAUAGUCCCACAUCACCAGGCUAUAGCCCCACUUCCCCCACAUAUAGUCCAAGCUCUCCAGGUUAUAGUCCAACCAGCCCUACAUAUUCCCCUACAAGUCCGUCUUACUCCCCCACCUCACCGAGCUAUAGUCCAACGUCACCCAGCUACAGCCCUACCUCUCCAAGUUACAGCCCGACAUCUCCCAGUUACAGUCCCACUUCCCCAAGUUACAGUCCCACUUCCCCAGCAUACAGCCCCACUUCUCCUGCUUACAGCCCUACUUCUCCCGCAUAUAGCCCUACGUCACCAUCCUAUAGCCCGACCUCUCCAUCCUACAGCCCUACUUCACCAUCCUACAGCCCAACCUCACCGUCCUACAGUCCAACCUCGCCUUCUUACAGCCCUACUUCUCCAUCAUACAGCCCUACCUCUCCUGUCUAUAGCCCAACUUCCCCCGGUUACAGUCCUACUUCUCCCAGCUAUAGCCCCACAUCUCCAAGUUACAGCCCCACUUCUCCAAGUUACAAUCCUUCAUCAGCAAAAUACAGCCCAUCCCUGGCGUAUUCCCCGAGCAGUCCAAGACUCUCUCCAUCCAGUCCAUACAGUCCAACGUCUCCUAAUUACAGCCCGACAUCACCUUCAUAUUCACCAACAUCGCCAUCAUACUCACCUUCAAGUCCAACGUACAGUCCUAGCAGCCCUUACAAUUCUGGUGUCAGCCCAGACUAUAGCCCAAGUUCACCACAAUACAGUCCAAGUGCUGGGUAUUCACCAAGUGCACCUGGAUAUUCACCAUCGUCUACCAGCCAGUAUACUCCACACACGAGCAACAAGGACAAUGGAAGUAAACGGUAG